AUACAGGUGAUAUAGAGAUGCUGGGUGAAUGUGAACAGUUCUUCCUGGAGCUCAUGAAGGUGCCACGUAUGGAAUCAAAGUUACGUGUUUUUCUGUUCAAAGUUCAAUUCAACACCCAGUUGUCAGGAUUUAAGAAGACUUUGAACACUAUACAAAGUGCAUGUUAUGAGAUCCGGACUUCAGUUAAACUGAAGGAAAUCAUGAAGAGAAUUUUGUAUUUGGAUAAUGUAUUAAAUCAAAGAACUGAUAGAGGUUCUGCAAUUGAUUUCAAGCUGGACAGUCUUUUGCAAUUCACUGAUACACGGGCUUCUAACAGCAAGAUGACUUUAGUGCAUUAUCUCUGCAAGGUUAUCGCCAAAAAGUCACCAGACCUUUUAUAUUUUCAUGUGGAUCUUGUUAGUCUUGGGUCUGUAACUAAGAUACAACUGAAGUCUGUAGCAGAAGAACUGGCAGAAAUCUUUAAGGGACUGGAAAAGGCUAAACAAGAACUAGUUGCAUCAGCAAAUGAUGGCCCUGUGUCUGAAGUUUUCCAUAAGACGUUAAACGGAUUCAUCGGCUUUGCUGAGUCAGAAGUCAUGUUUGUGCUUGAUUUGUUUAAAGCGGUGGGUAGAAAUGCUGAUACUUUAUCCCAAUAUUUUGGUGAAGACCCUGCUCGAUACCCUUUUGAACAAGUUACUCAGACCCUUUUUAACUUUGUGAGGCUAUUUCGAAAAGCUCAUGAAGAGAAUUGCAAACAGGAUGAGCUAGAGAGAAAGAAAGCUAAAACACAGGUUGAAGCAAAGCAGUUCAGGCUACCACCACCUUCGCCACCUCCAAUCCGCAGAGUACCUCCACCUCCACCUCCACCGCCUCCAAUGCACACAGCACCACCACCUCUAGUCUGCAGUGCACCUCCACGUCCACCACUGCCACGUGGUCAUCCACCACCUCCACCUCCGCCACCUCCAACCUACGGAGCACCGCCACCUCCAAUCCACGGUGCACCUCCAUCCAGUGGCGGAUCUGGAAAAGACCUAAAGGGGCAACGUUUCUAUAAAAAGGAGCAACGAAAUCGGAAAAACGUCAAUUUUUUCCAAAAUUUACACUAAUUUUACACUACCGCCGGAGCGUCGGUUGCCCCUUGUUGUCCGCCCCUGCCUCCACCUCCAUCACUGCUAGGUUGAUGCAGGGCCAAGUGUAGAAGAUUGAGCCAUGACAUUUCUGGAGGCCCAUUAUCGAGCUCCCAUUCGUGAUUUACCAAAACAACCAUAACUUUGGCUACGAGUCUUCGUUUUAGGCAUUCGACCUGUCAAAUUGAAGCUUGAAAUGAGGAGCAUGUCGUGGCAAGGACCCGAAAGGGCCUUGUCCAAGUUUCAGCCCAAAAAACGCAUUCUAAUGGGAGUUAUGGACACUUUUAUGUUUUUUCUCGGUGUUUAAUGUAUUUUGUGUUUGGGCUUGUUUUCGCCUAUGGCCUUUUUGUGGCCCAUUUCAAAUUUCAGUCUUUAUAUAUAUUUUGUUCUUGUAAUUCUAAUGGUCAGACUUCAGUUUUAAG